GCAAAAACCGUAGGCGGUUUCAUUGAUGCAGGCGUACUGCCCAUUUGUCGAAUAACAAUCGGAGCAUACGGAGGACUGUCCCAAAGUCCUUCCCAAAAUCGAGACGAACAGCAGAAACUAAAAUUAUAUGCAAAGUGGGUCACUUUCUCGGGGCCCACUAUUCCCUCGACUCACCGCCGUUGUAUUUGCGAGCAUGGUUUGUCUGUUUGCCGGAAAGAGCAACUCACUUGUGAUGGCUGGCCAAAGCGGUGCCAAUUCUCUUUAUAGAGGAGCCUAAGCCAAUCCACACCUUCAGUUAGCGUGUGCUUUGCGCACAUAAAAAGAUAAGUAGUUGUUCUUAUUACUCAAGGCUCAAAGAGUUUACGAUGCCAUAGAACAAAUUCGACACCGCUGCCAAAAUGUACAAAUAUGACUUGGCACUGUGUAUUUGAUCAUUCGCAGAAGAUUCCUAAGAUUGUGAAGAUGUACAGGUGGCUGGGAUUGUUUGCCUUGAUGGCUUUUCCAAUCGCUUGGAUCCAGGCUGAGUGUAAUGUUUGCCAAUCGAAUUCAGCUGCCUGCAUCAACCAAACGGCAUAUAACUUGUGCUUCGGUGGCAGCGAACCGGUUACCAAUCAGACCUUCAUCUGCACCGAUGGCCUGGUGUGCACGGAUCAGCCGGUGAUCUGUUUCCAGAGGAGCACCACCCCCGCCAGCUGUGGCGACACGGACAGCUGUGGCCAGUGUGCCCCAAACUACGUGUUUGCCUGCACCUCUCGCUCCACAUUCGCCUUCUGUUUCGGCGCCACCACGCCCACAAAUGUGACGGGAAGCUGCCCAGAUGGUUACUUCUGCGACGCCUCCACCCAGGAGAUCUGCGUGACCGAGGCCACUGAUGAUUCCAUCAUCUGCCACAAGAAUUGACAACGGAUCUUCGUAUCUUACUUAUUAAAACCGAUGAUAUUUUGCUGGUGUGAACUUAAAACAUUUAUUCCUCGUUGGAAACUUUUUUUAUAUUUUUUACAUGUGCUUAUUCAUUCAUAUUCUCUUAUCGCAAUACAAAUUAAAAUGUAACUUCAAAAUAUGACAAAAAUAAACAAAACGCUAACCAAUUCCUAAUACUUAAACAAAUACUGAAGGGGUCUUUCAUGGUAAAUUUUUUACAAUAUUAUUAUUAUUAUUCAUUCAUAUUCUCUUAUCGCAAUACAAAUUAA